UCCUUCCCACCCAAGGCUCAGCUCUCCCCGACCCCCCUCGGUGAUUCGCUGCACUUGCCAUGUGCUAUCACUACCUUACUGAGCUGCGCAUCAUCGUCGCUGGGAUUUUGGAUCGAGCAUCGAGAAUGGAUGAUUCCCCCCGGCAAGCACGUUAUAGUGUUAGGGAGAGUCGCGGUAUAACACGUGUGUUACGGUACCACCCAGCAUGCGUCCGGUCUUUCUCCCGUCCUCAAACAUCAAGCUUAGCAGAACCAAGAGGAGGAAGGGACUUGUGAAGGCGGAACAUCCGAUUGCUCCAAGUUAUCGUACUAGCCGGCCAUGCCGCCUUCCGUGUAACAACACGAACCCGUCUUGGGAGGUCGAGGAACUUUGAUGAGCCAUCCGACUUGGAGGUGGUGUUGCAAGUACUUGACUCCCAACUCUCCCAACUCUCCCAACUUCUUCUCGACAGCUCGAUACCUGAUCGAUUUUUGUUUUCUUCCUUUUGUCCUCCUGUGUCCUCCUGUCUUCCUUUUUGUUCCCUUCUCUAUAUACCUAAUUACGACCUCAAUGUUUGUAACAAGGGUCCUUUUCCAUCCAUGACCGCACUGCUCCAAGACGCCAAUAUUGGAAAAAGAAGGGGAGAAGCCCGGGAAGGGGACUGAGGGACAAGUAGAAACAUCAACGGCAACGAAGCUGGCACUAGCCAGUGCCAUCCCGUCGUGUUUUGUACGAAUAACGUUGAAGUGCACACACGUAUACCGAGAGACAGAACGACAGCAAGACAGCAGUCAUGAUUCGCAACGUCGUCGUCCUGAGCGGUAACUCGCACCCAAAAUUCGUCGACAGCGUCUGCAAUUACCUGGGCAUACCGCCGGCAAGCCGCGUGCUGGAAAAGUUCUCGUCUGGAGAGACACGCUGCGAGAUUAGGGACUCGAUACGUGGGAAGGACGUAUACAUCAUCCAGUCGUUUGGAGUGGGAACCAACAGAAACGCGGCCAACAGUAACAACAACAACAACAACAACGAUGGAUCUUCGACUUCAGCUACAGCGGAAACAGGCCAUGUCACUGUCAACGACUACUUCAUCGAACUCUGCAUCAUGAUAUCGGCCUGUAAGACGGGAUCUGCUCGCAGGGUCACGGCCGUCCUGCCGUUCUUCCCUUACUCCCGCCAGCCAGACCUGCCGUAUGCCAGCACCGGGGCGCCAUUGGUGUCUAGAAAUCACGAUGCAGUGACAAUGACAGUCACGGAAGGCCAAGGGAGUGUCUCGUAUACGUUUGAGAGCGUCCCGCCUACCCCGGCCGCACACAUCCCACGAACUGCCGGUCUGGCUAACGGCAUGUCUAGACUCGCUAAUGGCCUGUCCGGCAGCAGCAUCACCCGUGGCAGCGACAUCCGCGACAUGGCUAAGGUGAUGGUGACGGGACCGGCAAGCGACGCUGGUAGUAAGUCGUUGGGGGAGAAGCAGCCCCAACAGCAAAAGGCAAACGACAAGUUCACCACGCACGACUUCGAGAACCCGGCCAUGGCAAUGGCGUUCCAACAGAAGGUCGGGUUUAAGCCGAUGAUGGCACAGGCGGGAUCGUUGAUUGCGGAUUUGUUGACGUGUGCGGGAGCGGAUCGGAUUGUUACGUGCGACUUGCAUGAGAGCACGUAUCAGGGGUUCUUCGAUAUUCCCGUCGAUCACCUCAUCGCCAGACCGCUCCUCAAGCGAUACAUCCAGCACCACAUCGAGAACUACAAGGAAGCCGUCAUAGUCAGCCCGGACGCUGGCGGGGCUAAACGCGCCGCUGCCAUUGCCGACAGUCUAGGUUUACAAUUUGCUCUUAUCCAUAAAGACCCGUCCCUUCAAGACGCAUGAAAAGAAACUGACACUUGUCUUCCUCACCCUCAUAGAACGACGCCGACCGUCCAAAACCCACCCAAACUACCCAUCCAUGAUGCUUGUUGGCAACGUUGCCAACCGCAUCUGCAUCUUGGUAGACGACCUCGCCGACACGGUCAACACCAUCACACGCGCGGCCAAGCUGCUCAAGCGCGAAGGGGCCGUCCAAGUUGUUGCGCUUAUCACGCACGGCGUGUUUAGCGGCGAUGCGAUACAGAGGAUCAAUGCGUCGGCGCUGGAUCGGGUGGUGGUGACGAACACGGUGGCGCAGCAUCGACAUCUUGAAGCUUUUGGGGCAGCUAGAGCCGGGGGUACGAAGGAGAUGCCGGACAAGAAUAAGAAUGAUGUGGACCCGAGGGUGGUUUGUGGGAAGUUGGAGGUGUUGGAUAUUGCGCCUUUUUUUGCAGAGGCGAUUAGAAGGAUUGUGUUUGGGGAGAGCAUCAGUAUGCUGGUCCGGGAUGGGGAUUAAGGGGUGGGAGGAGAUGGAAAGUAUGAAGAUGUAAUUGACCUGGGAGGGUGAGGUCGGUUAACUUGUACAGUAUAGAUGGGCAGAUGGCGUUUUCUGUCUGUGGCUGCCUCUUCUACACAGAAUCUGUAUUUUCAUGACGAAGCUUACCUUUUACCAACGAGAUCGCAAACACGCAUCCUGC